UUAACCUCGAUUUGUAAUGCAAAAAACACUUCGGAUAGGAUUUUAUUUCAUGUGCAGCGGCCAAGUCGCAUUGCCACAACUAAAGAUAGUACUAUCUUUAAUCGUGCACGUUACCGAGAUCUUAUCAUACCAAAUUCUUAUCGUUUAUCAGAUAACUGCUUAUCACCCUGAUUCUACGUUUCUAUGAUAAUAUUAUUAUUAUUUACCUACUUUCAAUUAAUAGGUAUUCAUAGUUUCGUCAAAUACUAUAAAUGAUUAUUUUCGGGUAUUUGGUUUUGUACAGACGACAGACCCGUGUGCUAUAGUACAUUUAAAAUUAUGUCCUGUCGGUGAUUCAGUGAUUUUUGUUGUUACACCUUACACUGGCCGUUCUCGUGUAUUACCGACAGACUUCACAAUGGGAUCAGAACAGAGCUCGCAGUCCAAUGCCUCAAACUCAGGUUCGAAAAAUCCAAAAUUGAAACGAGGAAAAUCUGUGCCCGAAAGUUCAUGGCCGCGAAACUCUCAGGACGGUCAACAGAGCAGAGCCGCCAGCGCUAAUACGUCGCCUGGCCACAGUGUAUGCAGUGACGUUGACUUGCCGUACAUUUCGUAUACCGUCAACAGACCGAUCGGAGGUAGGUACCCAUUAUUGGCAGUACAACAGUAAGUUCCUGUUAGAGUAUCUAGAUUUAGAAAAUUUCAAUUAAUACACUUGGCUAAUACCCUUUUAGAUUCACCAAAGAAACUCAGCAUUAUGACCAGAGGUCGCUCUAUGCAGGUGGAAUCGCAGCGAUCCAAGAAAAAGACUCCAAAAACUACACCAAAACACAACAUUGUAGUUGUCAGGCCAGCUGUACAAGAAAAUACGGAUAUGGAUGAAGACCUGUUUCGACUUAAGGUGAUUUUCCAAAACUUGUUUAGAGUAUUUCAAUUAUAUUUAUGUUUAUUGUGUAUAUUUCAAUUACAAAAUACUAACUUAACACUAAUUGAUAUUAUUUUUUAAACCAAAUGAAUAAAUUAGCUUUACGUUAUCAAUGUUUGAGAAGAAAAUAAAUUAACCAAAAUAGUCAUUAUUAAUAAUAAUUAAGCAUACCGCACAUUAAAUACAUAAUAUUAACUUAGUCUAAUGCACAUAAUUAACUAAACAAAAGUAUUGGUCUGUAGUUUAUUUUACAACAUUAAAUAGAAAAAUUGGUAACAUUAUUAUGUAAUAUAUUUAAAAUCAUAAUGAACAUUUUAUAAAAAAAACUUAAUAUUUAACUGUUUAUUUAAAAAAUAAUACAAAUUCUUGUAAUAUAAUCUUAUCAAUACAAUUGCCUUUAAUUUUAGUGUUAUUUUAUUUUAUAACUAUAGUUUCUAGUUUAGUACAAUAAUAUAUUUCUAAUUAUUAGCUUUAUCCAAUGGCUAAUGACUAGGGUAUUUAUAAAAUGAUUCUUUAACACAUCAAUAAAAACAAUUUUUAAAAAAUACUGAAUAAAGUUUUGAAGAAAUUUUGUUAUAAUAAAUUAAUAAAUAAAUUGUAUUGUAUUGUAUAAAACACAUUUCAGCAAGUACCAUCAUUUUUGCCGAUAAUGCGAGGUACUGUAUCCCUACCGGCAGCCAGAGAUCGAGAAGCGUUAGAAAGAGUAGAUGCAGAUGCAUUUUACAGACUGUGUCAACUAUACCAGACAUAUAUGAGCCGCUGUGCCAAAGUAGUAACCGCAGACCAAACAUUAAUCAAUAAACAAAUUUUGGAGGUAAGAAUUGUUGUGUCUUUAUUAUCACUAUUAAAUUGUAUUAUUUACAAAAAUAACUUGUUUUGAUUUUUUUCAGAUUGACGACAAAACCGUAAGAGUAUUAAAUUUAUACAUAACCUCAUACAAACAUUAUGCCAAAAUCAACGAGCAGUUUAAAUGUAUUAACGAUAUGAACAAACAACUAAACUCGUGUCAUCUGUUGUUGAAUAAGACGUUGGAUUCCGUACAAAUGUUAAAUAACAAACUACCUCCGAAUGAGCGGUUGGAACCAUUUGUUUGGACCACGGGUUAAACAACUAAUGGCGUCAAUCAUACUUAUUUUAAAUACUAUACUUAACUUAGUCUUUAAUCAUAAUUUAUUUUAUGAUAUAUAGUUAUAUAAUAUGUUAUUUAUAUAAGUGUUCAAAUAUUAACAUUUGAUCAUUUUCUUUGGUCAGUAUAGAACGUUAUUUGCUUAAGUAUCCAUGGCAAAUGAAACGACAAUUUUGUGUACACGUCGGGAUAGCCUGGUUUGGCACAUCCCGAACCAAAUGAUGUGAGCCCAGCCAAAAACCAUCGUCCAUUUGGACCCGAACAUUGCAGUGGUCCCCCAGAAUCUCCCUGCAAAAUAUUUUGAUCGAUUACAUCAGUUAACGACAUAACUCUUCAUAAUUAUUCGACUUACAACACAAGGACCGCCACCUUUCCCGUCCAUUCGGCCAGCACAAAGGUGACCCUCGUUUAUGGGUACGGCCGGUCCAUACUUGUCUCUACAAACGGAUGUGUUGUGCACUGGAACUUUGAUUUGCCGCAGUUUACUCGACAAUGGUCCAUUAGGUUUGAUUUUACCCCAGCCAGUGGUGACGCAAACUUUGGGAAUAGGUGUGUCAUUUGUUGUGGGCGGUAAACAUAAACAUCGUACGUUCGUGUUGGUGAUGUUUGUUGGCCUGGAUAGUUUCAUUAAUGCUGCCAAUAUGAAAAAAAAAAACAUUUAAAACUAAUAAUAUCAAACUCAGUUUUUAUUUAUUUUUUUUUUUUUAAAUUCACUAUUAACCUAUGUCAUUUUGGUAGUUAUGAAACAUGUCGUGGAUAAUUACUUCAUCGAUUGGGAUACGCUCUUCAGUAUGUUCUUCUACGUCUUUGUUCCAGUCGCCCAAUACGGCAGUCCAAAGAGCCGCUAACGGCAAACUAAACUGUUCACUAAAAAUCAAAAUUUAUACUACAAGUUUUAAAAUAAAUUGUUAAGAUUAAUCCAACUUACUUUUUGAUACAAUGUGCAGCCGUCAGCACCCAAGUAGGCUGUAUAAGUACACCUGCGCACCAGUGGCCGACAAAACCGAAUGCUGGAUGAAGUAACUGUAACGAUACCUAAAUAGAAAAUGUGCCCCAUUUAAAAUAAUUUACUGUAGCAUAUUAUCUAACUUGUUUUUGUUUUAUUAAUUUUUAUUCAUUAAUUACCUACCAAAGAAUUUUAUAAUUGUUUAAUGAUUUAUUGUACAUAAAGUUAAAAGUUUGUGAAAUAUUACAGUCCUAUAAUAUUAUUUUUAUUAAUUAAUAUCUUUUAUUUUAUUAUGUUUUAUUAUAUAUAUAUUUAUUAAUACUUUGUGAAUAUUAUGUGAUCAUGCCAUAUUACAGUAUAUUAAAUAUACCAUUUGAAUU